AUGGCGGGCUCAAAGAAACGCAAAACAGCCGCAGCAAGCAAAACGGACGAGGCUCCUUCAGGACUGCUUGAAAUUCCAGAAGAUGAACAAUGGCGCAUGAUCAACGAGUCAGGGAUCCUCAAGAAAGUAGACAUCCCGAGGGACCCGUCCGCUGCGGAACCCGAGGAAGAGCUUCCACUGGCUGAGGAAAUAUUUGAUACGUCGAUGUUUCUCGUUCCGUUCUCAUUUCUCUUGCUGAUGAUGGACAUACUCAUCCAUAACCAAUACGGGCGGCACCUUACCCUGCAAGCCGUCGCAGACAGGAUGAUACCCAGUGUCCCUAUCCUUGGUAUCUUCAUCUUCUAUACGAUGAGACACAAGCGCGAUAGAAGAGUGCAGUUCUUCCUCUUUGCACUAGCCAGCUACCUUGGGCCUAGAGUGCUUUGGUUGCUGAGUUUAGGCUCUUGGAAGGUAAACAUGAAGCAGGCUCCUCCUUUAAUAACAUUAUGGGUUUAUACCAUCGUUCAACUGGACCUUGGCCCUGCGGUACUCAACUUAGCUCUAACGAUGGCCUAUGUACUGCUCAAAGGAUUGAAGCCAUUCUCAUAA